AUAAUGAGAAAUCACUCAGUAAUAACAACAUUCAUCUUGUUGGGACUUACAGAGGACCCACAGGUGCAAGUUCUGAUCUUUAUCUUCCUCUUUCUCACCUACAUGCUGAGCAUUACUGGAAAUCUGACCAUUAUCAUUCUUACACUCUUGGAUUCUCAUCUGAAAACACCUAUGUAUUUUUUUCUUCGAAAUUUCUCCAUAUUAGAAAUCUCAUUCACAACAGUCUGUAUUCCUAGAUUCCUGUACAGCAUGUCAACUGGGGACAAUACCAUUACUUACAAUGCUUGUGCGAGUCAAAUAUUUUUUUUUGGACUUUUUGGGGCCACAGAAUUUUUUCUCCUGGCAGCCAUGUCCUAUGACCGCUACGUGGCCAUCUGUAAGCCCCUGCAUUACAUGAGCAUCAUGAACAGCAGAGUCUGUACCAUCCUUGUCCUCUGCUGCUGGGUCUCUGGGUUGAUGAUCAUCAUCACACCGCUAGGUAUGGGUCUCCGGCUGGAAUUCUGUGACUCUAAUAUCAUUGACCAUUUUGGCUGUGAUGCGUCUCCUCUUUUUAAGAUUUCAUGCUCAGAUACAUGGUUCAUAGAACAGGUCGUUAUAAUCUGUGCAGUACUGACGUUCAUCAUUACACUAAUAGGCGUUGUUCUUUCAUACAUAUACAUCAUCAGGACAAUUCUAAGAUUCCCUUCUGAGUCACAAAGGAAGAAAGCUUUUUCUACCUGUUCAUCUCACAUGAUUGUUGUUUCCAUCACCUAUGGAAGCUGUAUUUUCAUCUACAUCAAGCCUUCAGCCAAAGAAGAGAUAGACAUCAAUAAAGGGGUAUCCCUGCUCACUACAUCUGUUGCCCCUUUGUUGAACCCCUUCAUUUAUACUUUGAGGAAUAAGCAAGUGAAACAAGCUUUCAGUGACACAAUCAAGAAAAUUGCAUUUAUCUCACACAAGUAA